AUGUCUACGUUCAGCAGCCGGGACAAUCCUGACCUCCCCGGCCAGGUCAUUAUUGUCACUGGAGGCAAUGCGGGUCUAGGGUACGAAACCAUCUGCCAGCUCGGCAAGAACAACCCAGGUCGCAUCUACCUCGCUUCUCGAUCUAGAACCAAAGCCGAACAGGCAAUGACCCAGCUUAAUCAGGAAAAUCCAGGACACACCGAGAUCCGAUUUCUCCAAUUGGAUCUGGCUUCCUUUGAGAGCGUCAAAGAAGCUGCCGCAGGCUUCCUUCGUCAAGAGACGCGCCUUGACAUCCUCAUAAACAACGCUGGCAUAAUGAUUACUCCAGAAGAUGUCACCACGGACGGAUACGAAAUCCAAUUUUGCACAAAUGUGCUGCGUCCUGCUUUGUUUACCCAACUUCUGCUGCCCACUUUGCGCAAGACAGCAGAGGUCAAUAGCCAAACUCGCAUGAACUUCGAUGGACUUCGUACGAACGCUGCCAACCGCCGCACUACUCAGCGCUACACCACGUCCAAGCUCGCCAAUCUCCAUUAUGCCAGAGCGUUGGCUGAGAGGGAAACAAAGGUGAAGAUUAUCUCGGUUCAUCCCGGGAUGGUGGCAACCAAUCUUCAUCAUUCGUCCACUGGCAUCUUCUUUAGACCCUUCCACCACGCUGUGGCUUACUUUGCUGCAACGCCGGUGGAAAAAGGCGCGCUCUCUCAAGACUUUGCGGCUGUUAGCCCAGGAGCGAAGCACGGGCAGUACUACGGCCCUAUAGGCAAGGCCGAAAUUGGAUUCAACUUGAGCCGCGACCAUGAUCUCCAGGAGCGAUUGUUCAGGUGGAUUCAGGCGGAGCUUUCACCACAUGUGGGGACAAUUAUGUGA